AUGGGCCUUUUCAUUCCAACCAAUAAGUUGCACAACCUCAAGCUAUACAAGUACCUGUCUGAAGACCACUCCUUGAUCUCCAAGUACGUUCUUAAGAAAUGGUGGAACUACUUUGUCCAAAUUUUCCCCUUGUCAAUGGCACCCAAUAUGGUAACCCUUCUCGGGUUAUUCUUUAUCAUUUCCAACUUGUUUGUUGUCUUUUACUACGACCCUUUUUUGAACUCAACCCUGCCAAGAUGGUGCUACUUUUUCUACGCUUUUGGUUUAUUUAUGUAUCAGACAUUUGAUGGUUGUGAUGGAAUGCACGCAAGACGCACGGGACAAAGCGGACCAUUGGGCGAGUUAUUUGACCACUCGAUCGAUGCCAUCAAUACCACUUUGGGAUCAUUGGUCUUUGCCAGUGUCAUGAAGAUGGGCUAUGGCGGAUUGCUCAUGUUGUCGCAGUUUGCCUCAGUUUGCAAUUUUUAUACCUCCACUUGGGAAGAAUACCACACCCAUAAAUUGUUUCUUUCCAAAUUCUCGGGCCCAGUUGAAGGAAUCUUGAUGAUUUGCACUGUGUACAUCUUGACCGGUGUGUUUGGCCCCGACAUUUGGAACAUUGAGUUGUUUGAAUUAAACUUGACCUCCUUAGGAUACGGCAUUUACCAACUUGAUUCCUCAUUGAUCUACGUUGUUCUUGGAUUGGGAUCGUUGUACUUUAACAUCAUCUCGGCAAUGCACAAUGUCGCAAAGCAUUACGAAGGAAAAGAUGGAGAAGAAACCAAAAAAACCAAGAGUGAAAUCCACGAGGCAUACAAGGGUCUCUACCCAUUUUUUGUUUACUAUGGGGUCAUCAUCUUUUACGCAUGGAUCUAUCCUUCAGUUGUCACAGAAUUUGGGUUCCCAUUGGUACUUUCCAUAGGAUGUACUAUUGCAUUUUCCGUGGGCCGCAUCAUCUUGGCGCACUUGACCAUUCAGGAAUUUCCAUUUGUUCAAAUCCCAAUGUUUAUCCCUAUCGCACAAUUGGCAAUCUCAAAGGUUCUCAUUGACAUCUACGGCUACAACGAGUACAACGUGUUGAACUCGAUUAGCUGGUUGGGAUUUGGUGUUACUUUAGGUAUACAUGGAAUCUUUGUGGGAGAAAUCAUAACCGAAAUCACCUCCUACUUGGACAUAUACGCCUUAUCCAUCAAACACAAAAGAGCAUAG